AUGAAGAUAUAUACAGCAUUUUCAGGAUUUCUUAGAAUUGCUUACACGAUUAAUCAAGUAUUUGGUUUCCCAGUUACAGACGGUUCAAUUGCAAUUUCAAUGGGCCAGAUCUCACUCCAUACAAAUGCGGUACCCAACAUUAAAGAUGGUGCAAGAGUGGCUAGGACAUUGGUAUCUAGAGAGUCUCUAGUGAAUGUCAAUACUUUUCAGACAAUUAAGUUAGGAGGUGAAGUGACACAUGUACCUGCUUCAUCGAUGGAAUAUUAUGCAGAUUGUGAUGGUAACGGAGAUCCUUAUUGGCUCGUGGUAGAUAUUGGAUCAACUUUCCAGAACAUUGAAAAAGGUUCUGAUUAUACUUUCACUAUUCGAGUAGGAGAUCACCCUUUAGAUGAAAAAGUAGAUACAUCUUAUCCUGGUGGUAUAAAGCAUUCUCCUGCGGGCUCGCCUAGAAUCAAUUUAAGAGGAAGGUUAGAAGAUGUAACCUUUGAGAACCCAAUUGAGCAGCUUGAAUUAGAAGCUUGUUUCUUGAAGAGGCAUCCAGAUGCCAAAGCGUGGCUUCCACGAAAUAAAAUCACUCCUCAUAAGUCACAUUGGGUUAAGCUUAUUGUUGAUGAGGUUUACAUUGUAGGCGGUUUUGGUAAUUUGGCUUACAUCGGAACAAUCGACGGAUAUCUUUAUCAUAGAGCGGAAAUAAUCUAA